CGUGCUCGGGCGCCGCUGCCCCGCUCCGCGCCCGCUCCGCGAUGGCUCCCGGAGUUACGGCGAUCCCCGCUGGACGCAGCUGAACGGCCGCCCCCGGGCGGGGGACCCGCUCGCACCUCGCAUGUCCGCGGCGCCCGGGAAGUCGGAUGUGUACGGCCUUCCUCCCCCUCCUCCUCUCCUCCAUGGCCGUCGUGCUCCGGCUUCUCGGCCUCUCCGGGAGCGCUCCGAGGCCGGCGGGCAGCAGCGGCAGCUCCGCACGUCGCGAUCGCCGUAGCGAGGCUCGGCGCGGCUGCUCCCAGUGACCGCGCCCCAGCCCGGCCAUGUACCCCCAGGGCCGGCACCCGGCUCCGCACCAGCCGGGCCAGCCGGGCUUCAAAUUCACCGUAGCCGAGUCCUGCGACCGGAUCAAGGACGAGUUCCAGUUCCUGCAGGCCCAGUACCACAGCCUCAAAGUGGAGUAUGACAAGCUGGCGAACGAGAAGACCGAAAUGCAGCGCCAUUACGUUAUGUACUACGAAAUGUCGUACGGUUUGAAUAUUGAAAUGCACAAACAGACAGAAAUUGCUAAGAGGCUGAACACGAUUUUAGCCCAGAUCAUGCCUUUUCUGUCACAAGAGCACCAACAGCAGGUGGCCCAGGCUGUUGAGCGUGCCAAGCAGGUGACAAUGACAGAGCUGAAUGCCAUCAUCGGGGUACGUGGACUUCCCAAUCUGCCUCUCACCCAGCAGCAGCUCCAGGCCCAGCACCUGUCCCACGCUGCCCACGGCCCCCCCGUGCAGCUGCCCCCGCACCCCUCGGGGCUGCAGCCCCCAGGACUGCCCCCUGUCACCGGCACCAGCUCGGGGCUGCUGGCCCUGGGGGCCCUGGGCAGCCAGGCCCACCUGGCAGUCAAGGACGAGAAGAAUCACCACGACCUGGACCACAGAGAGCGAGACUCAAGUGCAAAUAAUUCCGUGUCCCCCUCGGAGAGCCUGCGGGCCAGCGAGAAGCACCGGAGCUCCACGGAUUACAGCAUGGACUCCAAGAAGAGGAAAGCAGAGGAGAAGGACAGCAUGAGCCGAUAUGACAGCGAUGGUGACAAGAGCGAUGACCUGGUGGUCGAUGUCUCCAACGAGGACCCCGCCACCCCCCGGGUGAGCCCGGCCCAUUCCCCGCCGGAGAACGGGCUGGACAAGGGCCGUGGGCUGAAGAAGGGCGACGCUCCCAACAGCCCGGCCUCGGUGGCCUCCUCCAGCAGCACUCCCUCCUCCAAGACCAAGGACCUGGGCCACAACGACAAAUCCUCCACGCCCGGCCUCAAGUCCAACACUCCGACGCCCAGGAACGACGCUCCCACCCCGGGCACCAGCAGCACCCCGGGGCUGCGGCCCAUGCCCGGCAAGCCCAGCGGCAUGGACCCCCUGGCCUCGGCCCUGCGCACGCCCAUCUCCAUCGCGGGCUCGUACGCGGCGCCGUUCGCCAUGAUGGGGCACCACGAGAUGAACGGCUCCCUGACCAGCCCUGGUGCCUACGCGGGGCUGCACAACCUCCCCCCGCAGAUGAGCGCGGCCGCCGCCGCCGCCGCCGCCUACGGCCGGGCCCCCAUGGUGAGCUUUGGAGCUGUGGGGUUUGACCCACACCCCCCCAUGCGAGCCCCGGGGCUGCCCUCCAGCCUGGCCUCCAUCCCCGGAGGGAAACCGGCGUACUCGUUCCACGUGAGCGCGGACGGGCAGAUGCAGCCGGUGCCGUUCCCGCACGACGCGCUGGCGGGGCCGGGCAUCCCGCGGCACGCGCGGCAGAUCAACACGCUGAGCCACGGCGAGGUGGUGUGCGCCGUCACCAUCAGCAACCCCACGCGCCACGUCUACACCGGCGGCAAGGGCUGCGUCAAGAUCUGGGACAUCAGCCAGCCCGGCAGCAAGAGCCCCAUCUCCCAGCUGGACUGCCUGAACAGGGAUAACUACAUCCGCUCGUGCAAGCUGCUGCCGGACGGGCGCACGCUGAUCGUGGGGGGCGAGGCCAGCACGCUGACCAUCUGGGACCUGGCGUCGCCCACGCCGCGCAUCAAGGCCGAGCUGACGUCGUCGGCGCCCGCCUGCUACGCGCUGGCCAUCAGCCCCGACGCCAAGGUGUGCUUCUCGUGCUGCAGCGACGGCAACAUCGCCGUCUGGGACCUGCACAACCAGACCCUGGUCAGGCAAUUCCAAGGCCACACGGAUGGGGCCAGCUGCAUAGACAUCUCCCACGAUGGUACAAAGCUGUGGACGGGGGGUCUGGACAACACCGUGCGCUCCUGGGACCUGCGGGAAGGGCGGCAGCUGCAGCAGCACGACUUCACCUCCCAGAUCUUCUCCCUGGGGUAUUGCCCCACGGGGGAGUGGCUGGCAGUGGGCAUGGAGAGCAGCAACGUGGAGGUGCUGCACCACACCAAACCCGACAAGUACCAACUGCACCUGCACGAGAGCUGCGUCCUGUCCCUCAAAUUCGCCUACUGUGGGAAGUGGUUUGUGAGCACUGGCAAGGACAACCUGCUCAACGCCUGGAGGACGCCCUACGGAGCCAGCAUCUUCCAGUCCAAGGAAUCCUCGUCGGUGCUGAGCUGUGACAUCUCUGCAGAUGACAAGUACAUCGUCACGGGCUCUGGGGACAAGAAGGCCACAGUCUACGAGGUCAUCUACUGAAGUUGGCAUUUCCAGCCUGGACCACCCCGGGAGCGCCGACCCCGCCCGGAUUUACUGCAGAUCUGCAGCUCUGGCACACGUGGAAGCCCUAAACGGAUUUUUAUUUGGUUUUUCAAAGAGGUUUUGGGGUUUCUUUUGAAUUUUUUUUUUGUUUUUCCGGUUCUUUCCGUCUGGCUUUGGUGGCACUAUAAAGGACUCCUUUUUUAUUGGGACUUUUUUUUGUGCAUCCCGCAUAAGACUUGUGAAAAAUGUAAAUACUGGACUAGGAAAUAGCGUGGGAAGGGGGGACCCUCCCAGUACACUUAGCUGUGUAUUUUUGUCUGCUGUAAUUGUAUUCCACUGAUGGUUUUUGGUGGUGGCAAUUUUAUUCUGGGGUUAUUUUUUUUUUUGGUUGGUUUUUAUUUUUUAUUUUUUUUGUUUGUUUUUUUUUUUCCCUUUUUCCCUCCCCGUGGGGACUUUGCCAUGCAGGCUGAGCAGAGAUGUCCUCUGGUGAAAAGUUUGUUCCUCCUGUCGUGCGUGGUGUGUUCGUGCUGGUGGGGAAUCCUCAGCUACUGACGGGACAUCCACACAAUCCAACCACCUUGGGGUUGUUUUUUAUAGAUGGAUUUAUGGAUUUAUCCUUUUUUUUUUUUUUUUUUUUUUGGUUUUUUUUUCCGUGCUUGGAUGUUUGAAGAAAAGGGGAAGCCCACGCAAGCCCUUCUUGGUCUUCGGACAGAAGCAAAUGAGGAGUGAUUUCAAAGAAAGCUUAGAAAAUUCAGCUCAGGGAGCCACGAAAGAUAAUAGCAAACUUAUGUGUUUUGUAUUCAAAUGAAAGUAAAGAAUUAGAAUUGAUAACCUUGGAGAAAAAAAAAAAAAAAAGACAAAAAAAAUAUACAGGAUUUUUUUUUUUUUUUUUUUUAAAAAGCGAAAAAAAGUUUACUAACAAGUAGGGUUUGUGUGUGGUGGGGGGGCUGCUUGUGGUCCUUGUGGGCUUUAUGGUCUUGUGUCUUCUGGUUUUAUGGAGCAACUCCCUCCCCCCACAGGCCUUUUGUACUAAAGGGUUCCAAAAAGGACAUUAAAAAAAAAAAAGACAAAAAAAAAAAAAAGACAAACCCGAAGACCUAACGGGAAAAUAAAAGUAUUUGUGUAGCAGAAGUGCUCACCUGUAUCGUA